GUUUUAAUGCACCUAAACAGCUCAGAGACCUUGAGGUUUGACGGCGCUUCUUACAUGACUCUAAUAUCAAAUUUAUUCUUAACAAAACAAGAGUUUACUUGUCUGAAUUUUUCUCAAAUUCUAGACUUGUGAAUGAUAAUUAUACGUAAAUGGGGUUUUUGGAAAAAAUUAAUAUUUACGAAUGCCUCGUACUGAUUGGUGUGUAUUCAUUUGGUCUUUUUGUGUUUAUGAAUGGUUUACUUCCCAAUGACCCCGUUAUAAAAGUUGGUGAGAUUAAUCAGUUAGAAGAAAUUAAGAAGGUUGAUAAACUGGUUUUAAUGGUCAUUGACGCGUUAAGAGCAGAUUUUCUGUUUUCAUCAAAUUACUCUGAAUAUUGGACCAAACUUAACUCUUAUAUGAAUCUUAAGUCAGCUACAUGCUCAAUUUCGACUGUACAGCCUCCUACGGUUACCCUACCUAGAAUAAAGGCAAUUGUUUCAGGACGAGCUCCCAAAUUUGUUGAUGUUCUGAAUAAUAUUAAUGCAGGAGCAAUGGCUGAUGAUAACUGGGUCAAUCGUUUGGCGAAACUUCAAUGGAAUCUUAGAUUUUAUGGAGAUGAUACUUGGAUAAAACUCUUCCCAAAGAGCUUCCAAGAUUACGAUGGAACAAAUUCAUUCUAUGUCAAUGAUUUUCAUGAAGUAGACACAAAUGUGACACGUCAUAUUUCAACGUUGAUGAAUUCGUCAACUACGUGGGAUGGUCUUAUUUUGCAUUACUUGGGAUUAGAUCAUAUCGGACACACUCAAGGACCUAAUGGACGUAGUAUGCCAGAUAAAAUUCGUGAAAUGGAUGAAGUUGUUCACAGUAUUCUUGACCCAAUGAUAAACUCUCCAGCAUUUGCUGAUAAGAAAUGGUUGUUUAUUUUAACCGGUGAUCAUGGAAUGAGUGAUCAAGGAAGUCAUGGUGGUUCCACAAUAGGUGAAAAGUCUGUUGGCCUUUUCAUGCUUGGAUCUAACUGGAACAAGACUUAUCAAUCUUUAAAAAGGUCGUGUUCAAAUAACACAAAACACAUAGAGCAAACACAACAAGUAGAUUUAGCAUCAUUAAUCGGAUUAAUUACUGGCGCUGGUAUACCAUCACGAAGUCUUGGUGUUCUAUCGUCGACAUGGUUAAACAAUCUAUGGCUUUCAAAUGAAGAAAAAUUAAAAACUAUACUUGUUUUGAUGAGACAUAUUGGUCAGGUGAUUGGUGAAUGCAAAUCUUCAGGUACAACAGAGGAUACAGAUUGUACUUCAAGUGUAUGGAGUAAAGAACAAGUGGUAAAGUAUAAUGUCUUGUUGCAUGAAAUCAACUCUUGGUUGCAAUGUCAAAGUGCUAAAACCGAAGCGUUGGCGAAACUGAAACAUAUUGAUUGUCGAGAAGCAGGUUCGCGUGUUAAAGGUGAAUUACUGGUCACUGAUUCGACUAAAUUACUUCAUGAUGUUCAGUCGGAAUCUUUAUCCAAGGUUGAACACUUGAACAAUACACAAAUGUUAUUCGGUGGUAUACUUAUGUGGUUUGUGACUAUAUUUCUCUUUCAUAAAAUUUUGAAUUCUGUUGUUUUCACAUCGGAUAUCAAAAAUUCUUUGUUAAAUAAAAGAAAUCAAAAAUCCCUGAUUCAAUAUUAUUAUUCUGAUACAGCUGAUAUCAGGUAUUCAUUUGAUCCGCGUUUAGUACAAAUUAUUUGCAGUUUCGGCACCGUCUGUUUACUGCUGCAUUCCAUUAGUUUAGCAUCAAGUAGUUAUGCUGAAGAAGAGCAUCAAUUAUGGUAUUAUUUUGGUUCAAGUCUUAUGCUGUUAAUCGGUUUGUUAGUUCUUCUCGGCGAUGUCACUUCAAAUAUUAAAUGGAUUAUAAUAAAAUUAAUCUUGAAGAUACUUCUCUUAGAUCGUUUUCUACUGCGUCAACUUCAUCGAACUGGUAAUAAAUGGAUACACUUACGAGAUAUAUCUGAUUGGUUAUAUGAACCUGAAAAUAUCGGUUGGUUGUGGUUGUGGCUGUUAAUAGCAUGGAUUACAUUCCUAGUACUUCGUUGCAAAGCACUAUUUCGUUUACGUCCAACUUGCUCUAUUUGGAAUAAAUGCAAGUAUUACAUACCGAUACCAGUUAGCAUUUUUCUAGUUUGUAAUCAACUGUCAUAUAAAUUAGCUGUAGCUGAAAAUGAAAAUGAAGAAGCCGUACACUCAGCUAGAUUUUGUUAUGUGUUAUGCGCUAUAGAUGCAUUUUGUCUAUAUAAAUCAAGAAAUAUUCGUGUGGAGAAAAAUACAGGUAGAUUAUUUGGUCAAACAACAUCAGAUGCUUCAAAAACAUUUUGGGAUUCAAUUAUACAUCCAUUGUCAACAUUAAUUAUGGUUAUAUGUUUAUUGGGGAAACCUGUGGUUACAAUUCUUUGGCUUGGUAUAUGGAUAAAAGAAGCACUACUAUCUGAAAUGAUACAAUUAAUAUUUCAUUAUUCCGGUAUGCAUUCAUCGCAUAAAACAUUUCGUUAUGUUUUACCAUUGUGUUCAUGGCUGAUCUAUUGGACACAAGGUUGGGUUAGCUUCUUUCAACAGGGGAAUUCCUUAAGUUUGUCAACUGUCGAUUUGUCUGCUGCAUAUGUUGGUCUUCGGCAUCAUCAACCAUUCAUAGCUGGCCUACUACUAGCCUUUUACACUUAUUCAGGACCAUUAAUCUGGCAGUUAGCCUAUUUCUGUCGAUUUGUCCUACCUGGACAUAAACAUUUCGGUGAAAAAUUUAACUGUCUUGUUUUAGGCUUCAUUAUUUUGCCUAUCACACUGUGUGGCACAUAUUGUUUCUUUCUACAAUCACACUUAUUCAUCUGGACAGUUUUCACGCCAAAAAUGCUUUAUUCUGCUAUUUUUUAUGUAACUCUAGUUCCUGUUCUAUGCUUAUGGGCUGUGAUAACUUCUUGAAUUUUUAUAUUUUUCUCUCAUUCUUUUCACAUUGUUUAAGACUAACGGGUUACUUUGGCCUUAUUUUGUUUUUAAAUGUUCGUUUACUGUUUUUUAAUUUUUAUUUUACCUCUACGUUUAUUGUAUUGUGACUAUGUUUUUGAUACAAGAUAAGUAUGUUUUUAAAGAAAAUAACUGACUUUCAGUUUAGUUGAAUUAAAUGACUUCUUUAUUCUGUAACUUCAGAGGUUAAUUGAUCAGCUUUUCGGUGUCUGUGGAAUAAUGAAAAGAGGUUAUUGCGUCAAACCGAUGGGAACAAAUUGUCUUAAAUCCUGGUUAAUGUGAAUAAAGUUUUAAUGGAGGGUGUAAAAAGAACUUAGGAAGAUUAAAACCACACUUUAAAUAUUAUAGAUAAACAGUUUUCUGUGAGACGACUUCAGCACAUAAUUUCUAAAUAGAGCUGAUUAUUGCUAACCGCUUUUUUAUACUGUGCUGUGGUAAGAGAUUUUAUUCAUCGAAUCUCCAGAUUUUAUAGAAAUGGCCUACAGAAUGAAAUUAGCACAAGUGGGUAAUUUUAAGCAUACUUGAAGACAGGGAAUGGGGCGUUGCAUAACAAGAAUAAUACUAGAUGUAAUAGUAACGGCGAAAGAUAAGAGACUUGGUGAUGGAAUGUUUACUUGGAAUUUCGUUUCUCUAUAUAGCGAAAUUAUGUACACCUUAUAUGAAAAUCGUCAUUUGCACAGAUCUUUUGUGUUGUACUACUUCUGCCUUUCGUAGUGUGUGCUUCUUUUCGUGUCUCUCAUGUUUCCCCACAACAAUAGUUAAUUUGCUCUCUUUGACAUCAAAUCUAACUUUCCGCUUUUUGAUAUUUUUGUAUCCCCUUAUAUACUACUGAUAAAUCCUGUCAACACACGCCAUAGAAUUCCCACUCAUAUCUAAUAUUACUGCUAUUGCAUUCAAUAGAUUUGUAAAAUAAUUUCAGAAACUAUCUGUCAAUUUUCAGACUAGUAAAAAUAAAGGCUUUAUGUACAUGUUAAUCCUUUGUAUAUGCUUUUUAUUAGGGGUGAGAUUUUGCUCUGAAUAAAUCAAUAAACAGAGUUGAAACGUCGUGCUUCACUAGAGGGUUCCACGCCUUCAUGAUAGAAAAGACCAGGUUAUAUGAUCUAGGAUUUUGAACUUGAAAGUGAUAUGCACCUAGUCCUUGGAAGGAUGGAAUAAGUAUAAAAAUUAACAUUGAAAUCCUAUGUAAGAUACUGAGUAUCUACAUUAUGUCUCUUCUUAUCCACCGAUAGGAUAGUGGGAAUGAAUCUAGUAUAUCAAUCCUCACUUUAUAUUAUGGACUUGAGAGUUCACUGAUGAGUUUACACCUCAGUCUUUGAACUCUUGUUAGUAUGUACACAUACCGAAAAAUUAACGUGUGUAAAUACCUGUAAAUACUUGUUCCACUUGUCAUUCUAAAUCAAUUCUUUUUUUACAACGAUAAAUUCUAUGCUAUUAAAUUUCACACAAUAUUACGUAACGUUUUUGUUUUAUUCGAUUUGUCUACUAAUCCUAUACCUGCACAUCCUUUUUCAAGUUCUAUCCCUCCUAUGAAUUAUUCUAUAUAUGACAUUAAUUUGCUUUGCCACUUGACAUUUAACUACGAUUAUAAUCACAGACAUUUUAGUUUUAAUUGAACUUCAUAUGAUUAUUAUUAUUUUAUGCAUUCACACCUAAGAUUCAAUUCCCUUACCGGAUAUAACUUCUUAAAAACCAUAUAUAUACGACUGUACAGCUUGAUGAUAAAUUCGUUGAAAAGAGUCUCUUCGCUGAA